ACUUAAAUUUUAUCCCCAGUGUCAAACCUGUCACAACCCUUAGAAUGUUUUUAUUGAAUUUUUGAGCGCUUUUCGUCAAUAAAUCGCAAAAAUGAGCUCUGGGUUCAUAUCCGAGGCCGAAUUGGCCGAAGCCAGGCAAAAAAGACAGGAGGAGUGGGAGCGGGUCCGCAAACCCGACGAUCCAAUCGUGCGGCCUGAGGAGCCCUACGACCACCGCAGUUUGUACGAGCGGCUGCAGGAACAGAAGCAGAAGAAGGACCUGGAGUAUGAGGAAGCGCACAAAUUGAAAAAUAUGAUAAAGGGUCUCGAUGAUGACGAAAUCGAGUUUCUUGACCUUGUUGAUAGAACUAAGAUCGCAGCUGAUCGUAAAAAAGAGCUAGAGGAAGAGAUCGAAUUGAACGAUUAUCGGAACAGAGUUGCCACCUUGCAGGAAAAGUCACUAGAAGAGCGCCUUCAGGCCGAAAUUGCUGUGAAUAAGCCCAAGGCCCCCACGAGUAAAACCUCGCAACAGAAGUUGCUCAAGGGGGUUGUGGUCAAAAAGAGGAAAAAUAGUGAGGCGAAGGAGGAGAAAGACGAAGCGAAACAUAGGAAAAUUGAGGAUGAAAAGACAGAAGUUGUGGCUGAUUCGGCCUUGAAAUGUGUGGGGAUCUUGCCAGGGUUGGGGUGUUACAACGAAUCGACUUCGGAUGAGAACAGUUCGGAUUCCGAAGUGGAGACAACUAGCGCGAAAAUUGAUAUUCUGGGGAGGAAAAUAACGAAGAAAGAGAAGGAAACGUGAAUUGGUUAUUCAGUGAGAUUUGUGGAAGAAUCGGAGGGUUCUUAUCUGAGUUAAUUGUCUGAAUUAAUUGUAAAUAGAGUGUACCUAUUAUUGAUUCCUGUGUUUUUCUAAUAAAUCGGUAAAAAAGG